AUGAAGUGUUGUAAUCAGUAAAUAAGUUUCAAACAAGUUGACAAGAUGACCCAGUGCCAUUAACUGAAACGUCUAAGAGAAGCAUAGGAGAGAGAAUUUCAGAUUUCGGUUCUGAAGGAGUCGGCCGAAUCCGAUCAUCUCGUCCAGGAAGAUCACCCUAUGGAUUUCUAGAUUAUCUUUUGUGCUUCUUCUAAAUAUCUCCUUUGUGGACUUUUUGAGUGGUUUGUUUACAUGGACUUACAAGAUUUUGUAAAAGAACAUAGUCGGACAACAAAAAAGUUUAACAACAUAGUUCUUUUAAAAAACGUCAGUGUCAACAUUAGAAAGGGGCGUAAUUCCUUGUGUAAACAAUGGCGUUAGUCGUCGAUUUCUCGCGAAUAAAAUCUUACUCAUGACAACUCCAACAGGUAGAUGAAUAUAUCCUCUACCAGCUGGCAUUGUUAAUUUGGAGGGGUGAGCUUUAAUUCGCUAGAAAUCGACGACCAACGCAAUUACGCCCCUUUGAAAUGUUGACACUGAAAUAACUCGAAUCCACUUGAAUCGACUAACAGACAAAGAUAAACAAACCACCUGGAUGUUAAACUGAAGACCGAGGGGCUCAUCGCGUUUAUUCGUGACGUCAACGUGCAGCAUUCUAUUGAAAAAUUGGUGGCAAGUGUGAAAAUCAGUGCAAUAUGUCUCAAUAUAUGGCUGCAAAGUACAAGCGCGAACACCGAAAGCGUGCAAAGGACCAACAGCCGGAAAAGCCUCCGAAGAAAGCAAAGACCGUUGCGGAACGAGUUCGGUGUCACCGGGCCAAAAAGAAAGCAGCCAAAUGUAAUGCAUCACCUACUACCGGCUGGGACGCUGGAGAAGGGUCUUCAACGCCAGGUCUCAAAAUGGAAAUGCUUGUUGAAGAUGUACAUUCGGCUCCAUUGGAAUGGGAAAUCGUAAUAAAAGAGGAACCGCUGGAUAUGGAAGAUAGACCGACGCCGCUGCAGACGCUAGAAGAGGAUGUGAAAUUACCGGAUCCGGACAAAUCGGAAGACCUGAUCGGACCAGACCCUGGUCAGUUAUUGCUUCCGCUGAAGAAAGGUACUCGGAAUGUAAAUGAUGUUCGGUGCCGCUUUUGUCUGCAGUUUAUUCGACGUGAUGACGAGCGAAUCUCUGUACUGAGGCAGAGAGUGAUAUCUGUCUUGGGCUUCAGAACCAGCAAAUUUUUCCCGCGUUCAUGCACGGUCAGAUGUUGCGAACGUUGCAAGACUUCAUUAGACCAGUUUUACGAAUUUAAGCAAUCCUGUAUGGCGGCGUUGACUCAAUCGAAGAAACUUCUUGCCACCUUUGCUGGACGCCAAAAAGCUGAACGGCCAAAGAAAUGUAAGACGGAGAAUGUUUCCAGUGAAAACUUGAUGAGCCAGCUCGACGAGCCAGGACCGGAUUUGGGUAUUUCUUCACCGGAGCUAAACUUGGCGCCUACCAAGGAGGAUCCAGACUUUCCGUAUUUCUGUGGCCGUUGCUCGACGCAGUUCGCUAACGAAACUAGCUACGUAAGCCACAAAGCGUUCUGCACCAACGAAUCUAAAGUUCCCAAGACAAUAAUCCUGUUGCAGUGUGCGCAGUGUCCGAAGAAGUUCCGAAGUCAGAAAAAUUUCACACUUCAUACCAACUGGCACAACGGAAUACGAACGAUUCCCUGCCCGCGUGAGGGCUGUGACAAGAUGUUCUUCACCAAUUACGAUCGCCAAAGGCACGAACAAAUCUGCGGUCAGGAUGCCAAAGUGCUAUGUAACAUCUGUGGAUCCUUGUUUCUAACGGAAAGCUAUCUGCGUCAACAUUUGAUCACCCAUGAGGACCCGCAGUUUACGUGCGAAGUGUGCCAUAAAGGUUUCCAUAAGAAAGCCGCUCUCACAAAACACACCCCAGUCCACUCGGGCGAACGGAACUUCGAGUGCGAGGUCUGUGGCAAGCGGUUCAAAUCGCAUGAAGCCCAUCGGGUGCACCAGCGAAUUCACACGCAGCAUAAACCGUAUGUGUGUCAGGCCUGUGGUGAGCAGUUCAGGUUGAAUUGCUUGCUAAAGGCACAUGUUGAGAAGGUGCAUGGACCCGGAGAGGACCCGAAUGAGGUUCAAGUCAAAUCUGAGAUCCAGUGAAAAGUUGCUGGAUUGGCA